UUAUCGCGACGUCACAUCCUGAGGAAAGCUUCGCCUCCUACUUUUUGUUGGGACCUGAGAGAGAAAAUUAUCUCGCAGAGGUAGCGAGGAGGUAACAUAGAAGAAAGAGAAACAAGUUGGAAAUGUACGAGGUUGCUGUUUUGUCGUCUACAAUGCAAGCGGACGUGCUUUCACCGUGAAUUCAUACGAGGAGGUUUUUGUGUGGUAGUGUAACCCUCCCUCUCCCCCAUCAUGCUGAGUUUCCUGCGCAGGACGCUGGGGCGACGCUCCAUCCGCAAACAUGCAGAGAAAGCCCGGUUACGGGAGGCCCAGCGUGCCACGACGCACAUCCCUGCUGCCGGGGAUGCAAAGUCUAUUAUCACCUGCCGCGUAUCCUUACUGGACGGGACAGACGUCAGUGUUGACCUGCCGAAAAAAGCCAAAGGUGAGGAGCUGUUUGACCAGAUCAUGUACCAUCUGGACAUUGUAGAGAAAGACUACUUCGGACUGCGCUUCAUGGACUCAGCGCAAGUGCCGCACUGGCUUGACGUUACAAAAAGUAUCAAAAAGCAAGUGAAAAUUGGCCCACCAUACUGCCUUCACAUGAGAGUUAAGUUUUACUCAUCAGAACCGAACAACCUGCACGAGGAGCUCACCAGAUACCUAUUUGUGUUACAGUUAAAGCAAGACAUCCUCAGUGGCAAGCUAGAAUGUCCAUUUGACACAGCGGUGGAGUUGGCUGCCUUCUCGAUACAGGCUGAGCUAGGCGAUUGUGACCCAUUAGACCAUAAUCUGGACCUGGUAACAGAAUUUCGCUUCAUCCCCAACCAGACAGAGGACAUGGAGCUGGCGAUAUACAACACAUGGAAGGAGUGCAGAGGUCAGACACCAGCCCAAGCUGAAAUUAACUACCUGAAUAAAGCCAAGUGGCUAGAAAUGUAUGGGGUGGACAUGCAUAUGGUCAAGGCAAGAGAUGGUAAUGAGUACAGUCUGGGUUUGACACCCACUGGAGUUCUGGUAUUUGAAGGAGAAACCAAGAUUGGGCUCUUCUUCUGGCCCAAGAUCACUUGUCUGGAUUUCAAGAAGAGCAAACUGACGCUUGUGGUAGUGGAGGAUGAUGAACAGGGCAAAGAACAGGAGCAUACCUUUGUCUUCAGGAUGGACCACCCCAAGGCGUGUAAGCACCUCUGGAAGUGUGCUGUGGAACACCAUGCUUUCUUUAGGCUGAGAGGGCCGGUACAGAAGAACUCUGCACGCUCUGGAUUCAUACGCAUGGGAUCACGCUUCAGAUACAGUGGAAAGACAGAGUAUCAGACAACCAAGGCCAAUAAAGCAAGGCGGUCAGCCUCCUUUGAGAGAAGGCCCAGUCGACGUUACUCCAGAAGAACCAUGCAGAACAGAGGACCAUUCAAUCACCACGAGGUUAUUUCCUCGGGCAAUGGAGUCAGCUCCAGCAAAGACAACAAGGUUUCUUCCAGUAGAGCUGCCCGGUCAGCUGUGCCUGUGGUCAGCCCAGUAGCUGCUUCUGCCUGUGGACCUCUGGAAAUCGAGGCUCUACCCAGGAGUCCUGGAGGAGAAAAGAGGAGUAUUCCCAUGGUAGCUGACCUGAUGGAGACGUGCAUUGAUGAUGUCCUCAGUGCUCCUGUUGUUCCCACAAUGACAGCUACAGACGAGGCUGGACCAAGCAACGCCUAUGCUACCCCUAGUGUCACCGGGGAAGAUCGUCUCACCCUCACUGAAGCAGCAUCUCGUCUGAAGCAGCUGGCGUUGGAGAGUAGUCCGCUUACUCCAAGAAAUAACGUCAAUGUCAAUAUGGCCAUGAACAAUCUGGAGGAUGUGGUGAAACUCACAGAGAAGUGUGGUCUGAGCAGUACAGGCAGUAGUCCAGUUGUCACUCCACUGCGCACCCCAGAGGAUCUGAAGAGUAACAUCCUGAAAGCACAAGCCGAGGCUGCUGCCCUCAAGGGAUCUCUGGAGGAACAUGUCGUAAUGGUUGGAGAUAAAAACUGUAACUUGCAGGAGGCUUCUGCCAGGUUGAAGGUGCGUACCGGGCGAAUGGGCAGUAACUCGUCUCUGUCCGUUAGCAGUCGUCCUGACAUCCAAGACUCAUGGGACCUGCUCAAGCCAGCCUUACUGGUCUCCUCAGCUGGUGCCAGUGCUGAGAGGCUAGCUGAAGAUUUAAACCCUUGUGUUCCCAAGAUGCCCUCUGACUCUGCCAGCGAAGGCAUGGCACCAAAGGUUAAAGGAGAGGAUGGUGAUGUGCAAAACACCGCCCCACUGUCUGACAACUUGAUCGAUUUCACCGAUCCAACUCCUGUGCUACCACCAGUGCAGCAGCCCAAAGCUCUCAUCACACCUCGCUGGAUCAUUCCUACAGCUGCUUCUCCUGGCGUCUUUACUAACGGCCUGCUCGACCUUGACCCCCCUGCUAAGGUCAACCCUCUUCUCCCUGCAGAUGGGGGAGCAGCUCUCACCCCAGCCCUCCCCCACCUCGCUCACACACGUAACACCAUCUCUGCCAGCACUGUGGGUCAGCAGCCAGCCUUGGAGGAUGGAGCCAAACCCCGAGGUCUCCUGACCACUGAGCUCUGAUGGACAAAUGAGGAGCAGCCAUCACAACAUUCGUCUCCCUGACUGCUUUCCCACCUCACCUCAUCACCCAUCCACACACAAGCAAGCUGAACACUGAGGGCUAAGAGGAAAGUGGAACCAGGGAAGAGGCAGCUUACAAGCACCACAAACACAAAGUACCCAGGAAAAUAAUCAGAAUAUGUUUUUCAUGAUAACAUGACACAAAGCCUAGUUUUUGUACAACACUUAAAAUAAACAUUUAGCUGCAGUAUUAACAUUUUAAAAACACCUAACUUGUGAAUCCCCUGUUUGAGUUCACUGUCAUUGACCUGCCAUUUGCUUAAUCCAUCCAGUCAACCAAACCUCAGUCUCUAAUAACUAGCACCAUCUCCUUGUAGAUGGCAAGUGAUGAAAAGUCUUGUUGUUCAACUUGUUUGCUACAAAGUUCAAGAUGGGGCUGACGCACUACAAUCUCAUGACACUGUAAGGUGCGUUGCCUAAAAGCAUCCACCACUGGCUUAUGACUUAAAGGGUAGGUUGUCUCUCUUAGUGCUGCUUUCCUCCCCCUUUUUUAUGUCAAGCUGUUCUAUCACUAGUAAUUCACAACACUGGAUCCCUGCUACUAUGAGCUUUUCUGUACACUGACAGAUCACACAGCAUGUAGAGCUGCUGAAGUACACUGGAUGAAGGAUUAAAAAGAAAAAUCUACAAAAAAGAAAGACAAUGACUUAAAAUGUUGAUUCUAAGAGAUAGAAACGGCUGGACUCUUGACAUGAUGAAACGUGGAUAUGGUACUGUACUGUCCUUGUUUCACACUACAAACCUUUUUUGAACCCAGCCAAUACUACAUGUGAAACUCGUCUGUUUGCAGCCACUGGAUAUGAAAAUUUCACUGGAUUAUCUUUGCAACACUGGACCUUGAAAGAAUGUUUUGCAACGGAUGACAAUGGAGAUGACCACUUUGGUUUUUCAACUGAUGUUUUUAUUACCCUGCUCUUACUUUUCUUUUUUUUUUUUUUUUUUUUUUUUGAUGUUUUAAUUUGCCCAUCGCAGUACUUUUGAAUUCCCACAUUUUGGUACCAGCAUCAUGAGGGAUUGAACAUUUAGUUUAGUUUUGUGUCUCUUUUUGGACCCUCUAUGUUCAUAUCUACGAUAAUAUGAAGUUUUAACAUUUUAUCUAAAAUGUGAUUCUAUACUUUGUUUUCACUUGAAACCACUGCUUCCACUGCAAUUUUUCAUUCAUAUUAAUUUCAUCCUCUAAAUUGGCAAUGCAAAUGUGACAAGUGAAAGCAAGAGCCGGCUCAAUUGCUGUUAAAACCUUAAAGUUAACUGUGAUUCCUGGAGAUGGACGGCGUUCCCAGUUCUUGCAUUACCUAACUGGAUAUCUGAAUUCAUUUUAGACAGUAAUAUGACCCUGUUAUAGAACAUGGCUCCUAGUAUUAACAUGUUGUAGCUACUGCCCUGCCUUAUGGAAAUGAAUGUAUUGAAAUAGUCUCAUCUGAGAAUGCUGGAGAUGCCACAAUAUGAAGUGAAAUUGCUUAUAUGUAGUUUAUGAAUGGAGGAAAAUUUGUUAAAUACUUUAAAAGCUGAUUUUGUACAUGUGAAAUUGAGGCCUAAUUCUACAUUUUCUGAGUCGUUAAUGAAGUAUAUCACAUUGACUUAAAAGAUAGACUUGAAUUUCUUUUAAAUCUCAUUUCCCUUACACAUCGUAUUCACUAAGUCUGGACCCUCAUUCAAGUUAUGUCUGUUUAGUUUUUCCAUUAUGAAGUUGAUUGAUCAUUAUCUGUCUUGAACAAGGGAAGCUGACUGUUUUACAAUGUCUUCUUAGCAGUGACAGUUAUUUAUGCUACUCCUCAGUAUAAUUGUUCAAAUAUUACAUGUUGUCCAAAAGUGUUGUAGCAUACAGUUAUAAUGUAUUGUCAGUAUAAUGGCAUCAGCGGGAUGUAGAUAUUAGUAGAUUUAUAUAUAUUUUUUUGAAAAUUGCGUUGGCAGUAGUGUUACUACACAAUGAGAAGAUUUCAGCAUUGAGGUGUUUUCUAAUUACAAAAGGAAACGUAUUACUGAUCAAACUGACUGGAAAAACAGAGAUUCUGAUGUCUCAAAUGCAAUUUUAUAUAAACUUUUAUUUUCUUCUGGUAUACCUGAUCAUGACUCAGUAAAGCUUUGCUAUAGUAGGA